AUGGGAUCAGUUCUUCAAGCUACACUCAAGGGCAUGGAUUGCCACAGGUUCUACUUAGCAGCAUUGAAGUUGAGUCCCAAGGCUGAGCAUUUGUGGACGCUCUUGUUUAAUGCGGUUGCAGCGUGGGCACCUGAUCGCGACGAGCUGGGUGAUAUGGUAGAUCGACAUGAUAUGGAGGGCCUGAGUGCAGCGGUCGGCGGAGGGGUACCAGACGUCGCAAAGCUGCCGCCUCCCGAGCGCAGCAACACACAGGGUGUGGUAGAGAGUAUCUGGUUUCGAGAUCAUAUGAGGGAUAAAUAA